CUCAUGGAUACUAGUCAGGUUCAUUAACCACUGAGCCACCAUGGCAACUCCUUAUCAGUGGCUUUUUCUUACAAUCACAGAGUAGUGCUGUGACUAUACUAUCACCACAGUAAAUUUCAACACAUUUUCAUUACCCCAAGCAGCAAAUCUGUACCCCUUACCUGUCAUCCUCCAGUCUCCCCAGUCCCUGGCAACCACUGAUCCUCUUUUGUCUCUAUGGAGUUCCCUGUUCUGGACAUAAAAAUGGAAUUGUGCAAUAUGUGGUCUUCUGUAACUGUUUCUUUCACGUACCAUGUUUUCAGAGUUCAUCCAUGUUGUAGCUUGUGUCAUUAUUUCAUUUAUUUUCAUUGUCAAAUGAUAUCCCGCUAUUUGGAUAUACACAUUGAGGUUAUUCAUUCAUCAGUUGAUGGGCAUUUGCAUUGUUUCCAUUUUGGGGCUAUCAUGAAUAAUGCUUGCUAUGAACAUUCGUGUGCAAGGUGUUGUUUGAACAUAUGUUUUCAUUUGUCUUAGGUAGAUACCUAGGAGUGGAAUUGCUGGAUCAUCUGGUAAAUCUUGUAUAAUCUUUUGAGGAUCUGCUAGACUGUUUUCUAAAAUGGCAGCAUCAUUUUAUAUUCCCACUGGCGGCAUAUGAGCAUUCCAGUAUCUCCAUGUUCUCACUAAUGCUUGCUAUUAAUAUCUGGGGACUUUGUUUUAAACAAGGUCCCUCUGGCUGCUCUGUGGGGAUCAGGCUGAAGGAAACAGAGGCAGAAGCUGGAAACCCAGUGACCAGUGACUAUAAUAGCCCAAGCUGGAGAGCUUGGUACCUGGACCAGACUGGGGGCAGCAGAGGAGGGGCUGACCGGGCCAAAACUGCUGAUGGAAACCAGCUGCGGGAGGCGCCGAGGUUCGGCGUACGCCCAGGCCCCUCCCCGGCGCCGGCCGACCCCGCUAAGGGAGGAGGACGGGGGCGCCCCAGCUCCCCUCCGUUCUCCUGCAGCCGGGCCCCAUGCCCUGGCAUGUCCGGCGCGCCUGAUGCUUUCCAGAUGACUCUGGCUCGGCCCCUCCCGUAGCCCUCCCGUGUGGCAAGGUCGGAUCGCGAGUCCCAAGACCCUUCCCUCGAGCAAGUCGAGCAAUCAUGUCCAACAACAUGGCCAAGAUCGCGGAGGCCCGGAAGACGGUGGAACAGCUGAAGCUGGAGGUGAACAUCGACCGCAUGAAGGUGUCGCAGGCGGCCGCUGAGCUCCUGGCCUUCUGCGAGACUCACGCCAAAGACGACCCACUGGUGACGCCGGUACCCGCCGCAGAGAACCCUUUCCGCGACAAGCGCCUCUUCUGCGUCCUUCUCUGAGCCCUCUCGACAGUUGACCGUGCCCUUGCCCUCCCCCGCCAAAGUAUGAAUCUAAUAAACGCGGUGACUGUG